CUAGGCUUGAAAAACUCAUAUUAGACUACUGGGACUUUAGCACUGUUUAUGACUGAUCUCCUACUACUCAUAAAAAGCUAAAAAUGAAAUACUGUAAGAUAUCUAUCAUUCUUCUAUAUAUAAUUGUCAUGAUGAACAUGUGGGCAAAGGCUGAAGAAGUCACCUGUCAGAAGCAAGAACUCAGUGAUGUCCAGAUUUUAUUGGGACAUCCAGGUAUCUCUGCACCUUAUCUACCUGGACAUGUCUUAGUUUUCAAAUGCAAUGAUGUCAACAUGAAGAUGUACGACCGACGAAUAAUCGAAUGCCAGUCAAAUGGAAAGUGGGACUACCCAUUUCCAAAAUGUUUAGAAACAGCAUGUGUUGCAAACCUCGCAAACAUGAACAUAGAGGGAUGCCCUCAUCCUGGGGUUGUAUACAAGCCUGGUGACAGGUUAAAGGUUUCAUGUGAUCAGGGGCUCAUUUUACAAGGACCAGAUGGCAUUACCUGCCAGGAAGAUGGACAAUGGAGCAGCCCAUUUCCCUCAUGUGUAGAGGCAACAUGUAUUGCAAAGAUCACAAACCAGAUCAUAGACGGACGAUAUAAUCCUGGGGUUAUAGUAUACAAACCUGGUACAAGGAUAACGGUUUCAUGUGGUGAGAAAUUCGUUUUAAAAGGAAUAGGGGACAUCACUUGUCAGGAAGAUGGAGAAUGGAGCAGUGGGUUUCCUACAUGUGCAGCAAAUUCAUGCGGGCCACCUCCCAGCACGAACCAUCUGAAUGCAGAUACAACAAAUAUCCUGGAUCACAGAAAAACUCUAUAUCGUAUAGGGGAGAAAGUUGAAUACGCCUGCUUUAAAACAUUCAUAAUGGAGGGCGAACCAUUCUUGACCUGUCGGCAAGACGGCUGGAUAGAACAGUUUAAGUGUAUACCACCGUGUUUGGCGUCUGUUGAAGAAAUGGAUAAAAGGAACAUACAAUUAGUGUACGGUAGAAAUGAAAGAAUGUUCUGUCCACAUAAGGAUCAUAUCACCUUUGCGUGUAAGGGUAAUAAAAAAUGUAAAGAAAAUAGUGUUCGAUUCAGACAACAGUGUCAAUAUGGCAAAAUGACUUUGCCUGAGUGUUCUCCUACUACUCAUAAAAAGCUAAAAAUGAAAUACUGUAAGAUAUCUAUCAUUCUUCUAUAUAUAAUUGUCAUGAUGAACAUGUGGGCAAAGGCUGAAGAAGUCACCUGUCAGAAGCAAGAACUCAGUGAUGUCCAGAUUUUAAUGGGACAUCCAGGUAUCUCUGCACCUUAUCUACCUGGACAUGUCUUAGUUUUCAAAUGCAAUGAUGUCAACAUGAAGAUGUACGACCGACGAAUAAUCGAAUGCCAGUCAAAUGGAAAGUGGGACUACCCAUUUCCAAAAUGUUUAGAAACAGCAUGUGUUGCAAACCUCGCAAACAUGAACAUAGAGGGAUGCCCUCAUCCUGGGGUUGUAUACAAGCCUGGUGACAGGUUAAAGGUUUCAUGUGAUCAGGGGCUCAUUUUACAAGGACCAGAUGGCAUUACCUGCCAGGAAGAUGGACAAUGGAGCAGCCCAUUUCCCUCAUGUGUAGAGGCAACAUGUAUUGCAAAGAUCACAAACCAGAUCAUAGACGGACGAUAUAAUCCUGGGGUUAUAGUAUACAAACCUGGUACAAGGAUAACGGUUUCAUGUGGUGAGAAAUUCGUUUUAAAAGGAAUAGGGGACAUCACUUGUCAGGAAGAUGGAGAAUGGAGCAGUGGGUUUCCUACAUGUGCAGCAAAUUCAUGCGGGCCACCUCCCAGCACGAACCAUCUGAAUGCAGAUACAACAAAUAUCCUGGAUCACAGAAAAACUCUAUAUCGUAUAGGGGAGAAAGUUGAAUACGCCUGCUUUAAAACAUUCAUAAUCGAGGGCGAACCAUUCUUGACCUGUCGGCAAGACGGCUGGAGAGAACAGUUUAAGUGUAUACCACCGUGUUUGGCGUCUGUUGAAGAAAUGGAUAAAAGGAACAUACAAUUAAAGUGGGUUGAAAAUGAAAGAAUGUUCCUUCCACAUAAUGAUCAUAUCACCUUUAAGUGUAAGGGUAAUAAAAAAAGAAAAGAAAUCAGUGUUGAAUUCAGACAACAGUGUCAAUAUGGCAAAAUGACUUUGCCUGAGUGUGAAUGAAUAAUGCAUUUUUAUAAACAGAACGCCUUCUAAGUGACCAGUGAAAAUAAAAUUAAACUUCUCUCAAUAAUUUUGGUCUUAGAAGUAACGUUUUAAAGAUUUAAAGACUUUUUGUGUAAUCAAACCUCAGAUAAGUGAUCUAACCAACAGAAUUGAUGAUUCAGUGUUGUAAAAUGUAAUAAUGUUUGGUUAAGUUUAAUAACCACUGUCUUAAAGAGUGUUGUUGUAUCAGAUUGUGGUAACGCUCAUAUGCUAAAUAAAACAGAACCUAAAUUCACUUACACAUA